UCUCUGUCGCCACUAUUCAGAAAACGCACACACACGAACUGUUCCCAAAGUCAUCAAAUCCCUGAAAUCGCAGCGCUCCAUCGUUUUCAUCGAACGGCCCUCGUAACUCUGGGUCAGUAGAGUAGCGGUUAUAGUCUCCCUCUUCUUUCGCCCCCUCUCAUAAACCCUAGAAUCCGCAGCAGCAGCAGCCAUCCUCUGGCCGCGAGAGCCGUUAAAGCCAACGGGGAAUAUUCGGUACGCGAAGGACACUAGAUUUCGGAAAUCGAAGGGGUUGCGUUGAUUUGAAGGAUUCGUGGCUUCUUUGUCUUAAAUCGUGUAUCUCGAGUAAGUGAAUCGUUUUCCGCCGUUUUCGUGUUCAAUGAUGGGGUUUUGCGAUUAAGAGUUGAAGAACAUGGGGUUGUGUGAGAUGGCGGUGGGAUUUAUCUGAUGGUUUUUGGUUCUUUGCUUAUUUCUUCGUUUUCUUUUUGAAUUUCGUCUUUGUGUGGGUCAAAACCAGUUGGAAAAAUAAAAUAAAAAUCUGGGUGUGUGGUGGGUCCGAGUCCACCGGGUUAAUGCAAUUUUUUGGUUUUGGAAUGGUGAGAGGGAAGGACUCUGGUGCUUGGGAGACCGAAUUCUUGGUUGAUUUUGGUGGAGAACAAAUGUCGUGGGAGCCGAGUUCGAACUAGAGUAUGAUUUCGAACAUAGUCGAUUUUGGGAGUAGAAUUAAGCAUCUUUUUAGUCCUUACUGAGCAGAAGUGCCUUCUUGGUUCCACCUUUGCAAGCAGUUCUUGCCCACCUAUUUUGUGUAUUGGCAUCAAUUUGGGGUUUGGUCUGAACAGGAGGCUUAAUUACAAAAGUGAAGAAGAAGAAAAAUUCUGAGGCACUGCCCCGUGGGAGUAAGCUCAAGUCGAUGCCUUCAGUCGGAAUGAGACGGAGUACCAGAGUGUUUGGGGCGCGAGUACUGAGAUCGGGGAGGAGGCUUUCAACGGCGCAGUAUGAUGGCAACAAACACAUUAGAGCGACUCAUGGGGAAGAUAAAUGGAAUGAGCUCCUUCACGACACCGUAGAUGGAGGAGGAGAUGCUGGAGACCGCUGCAAAAGCAUGUGGCAGGAAAACCAAAUUGAUCCAGCGAACAUGGCCGAGGAGGUAAGAGCAGAGAGUGAAGUGGAAAUGGAGGAGGUCAGUCGAACAUGCAAAGUUGUGUAUACGAGAAAGAGAAAGAGAAGUAAGGUGGAAUCGGCGAACGUCUCCUCGAAAGAAGAUCUCCGUUUCGGGAAGAAGUAUGCUAGGAGACAAUGGCAGAAAAAGAGAGUAAACAAGGCAUCCAAAAAUCUUGGAAAUUUUGGAGGAUUUGCUCUUGCUGUUAAUAGAUCUGAUUAUGAUUGUGGCUAUGUGAUUGCUUGCUUGCUGAUCUCCAUUGUGAGCUACAUGGCUAAGGUUCGAGUUGGGAUGCGACAGUUGUGGGCAUUUCUACAAUCAAAACCCAUAUGCGAUGUUUAUUCCUCGCGUGGAAUCCUUCUUGUCAAGGAUUCCAUCGCUGCCAGGAGCCUUUGUUUUUCCGUGGUUUCGCAAUCCAACUCAUUGAUACCACAGUUGUCUAUGAGUUUUUCAGCAGUCCCAUCUUUAUUCAUGCGUUUGCAGACAAGUUUGCAUUUCAGAUUUGCAAUAAAAUGUAGCUUGUUUGUGGCACAUUCUUCAGCUAUUUUCAAGGAUAUUGAAACUUCAACUGUUUUCAAGGAUAGUGAGAUUGCAACCGACGGUAUCCAGGAACAAUCUUUUCAAUUAUCUAUUACGAGUGAUCAAAGAUAUUGCAGUGAUGUUGUAAAAUCGGAUAGUGAUGGUAAUACUAGGAAGGAGGUGGCUCCUUCAAGUCCUGGAUUACCUAAACAUGCUCUUCGGAAUCUACAAAUGAGGAACAGUCGUAAAAUCAAGAAAAGGAGGACUUCCCUCAGGCGUAAAAGAGGAAGACCACCAUUGGCUUUUCGAGCUCUUAAAACUAGUGGAGCUGUACAAACUGGUGUUUCUAAGAACAGACAGGAGGGCGUCCAAGCAACAGCACCUGCUGUCAGAGGUUCAUACAAGAGUUCCUCUGCAAACAUCAAAGGCGGGAAAUCUAACAUGGGUUUGUUGACACAGGAUGCAGUUGCCAAUUGCUGUUCUGCUAAUCUGUUAGUUUCUGUGGACGACAAGUGCUACAGGGAAGAAGGAGUUAUCGUCGCUUUGGAACAAUCUGCAUCAAAUCAAUGGUCCAUUGUUGUUUCCAAAAAUGGAACAAAGCGAUACAAUCUGAUUGCGCAGAAGGCAAUGCGGCCAUCUGGGACCAACCGCAUUACGCAUGCUACAAUAUGGACUGCUGCUGACUCUGCUUGGAAACUAGAGUUUCCAAACAAACAAGAAUGGUUGUUUUUCAAGGAUCUUUACAAGGAUUGCUAUGAACGAAAUCUGCAGUCUUCUUCAGUUAGCGUGAUUCCUGUGCCUAAGGUGCGUGAAGUAUCCAACGAUGUUGAUCCUGAUUCUUUGCCAUAUGCACGGCCAAAUGUGUACAUUACUGUGAAAGAUGAUGAGCUUACCAGGACAUUGGGAAACAAGAGGGCUAAUUAUGACAUGGACUCAGAUGAUGAAGCGUGGCUAUCGAACUUAAACGAGCAAUUUUCAGAAGGAAGUGACUUUGAAGUUGUAACACCAGAUAAAUUCGAGUUGGUUAUUGAUGGCAUUGAGAAAGCUGCUCACUGCAAUCCAGAUGAGCUUCUUGAUGAUCAAGCAGUCUAUGAUUUUUGUAGGCAUCUAGAAAGAAAGGAAGUUGUUGAGGCUAUUCAUAAUUAUUGGAUAAAGAAGCGGAAACAGAACCACUCAGCUUUAGUAAGGAUUUUCCAGCUCUACCAACCUAAAAGGAUUCAGGUACUCCCAAAGUGCAUUUUAAGGAAGAAAAGAUCUUUCAAACGACAAACAAGUCAAGGUGGGAGAGUCAAACAACGGCCUCUGUUGCAAGCAAUUGCAGCUAAACAAGAUGUUUCUGAUCAACAAAAUGUACACAAACUGCAAGAAGCUAAAGCAUCUGCCGAAAGAUUUGAAGAUUUGGCUAUUCAAAAGCGUCAAAGAGCCCAGAAGCUGAUGGAAAAUGCUGACUUGGCCACAUACAGAGCUCUGAUGGCUCUCAGGAUUGCAGAAGAAGCCGAAAUUACUGAGAAGCCGGAUACUCUUAUUCUUGGUUAACUGACUGGGCAGGGAUAACCAGAUUUCGGCAAAAAACCACAUUUUUUUUCUAUCCCGCCUUGAGGAUGUUUUAUUAUGGAAAUCUCGGUAGGUUGAUCUUUUAAGAGAAUUUUUAUGAUUUUGUAUAGGAUCUGAUUGGAUGUAUAUUUGUGUUGUAGAAACCCGGCUCGUGGUUAUGUAGAAGGGGGUUUGUUAUGUUACUUUAACCGGAUAGAGAAGUUAGAAAAUAUAGGCGAAAAAAAAGGGUUAUCAUAAAAUAACAAGAUGCUUGGUGGUUGGGUUGAUUAUAUGUACUUAAGUUGUGUAUAGUUUUUGC